AUGAACCCACUGCAGGCUUUGCUGAAUGACAGUUUUAUCAGAACAAAGCAUGUGGAAAACGCAGCUGUCAUUGACAUAAAGGGAAGAAAAGUCUGUGCAUCAGCCUUUGGCUUUAAUGUGCCACCACAGAAUGCUUUAAACCAUAUCUACGCUUUCUACAAGAACUUACUGCAAGUCAGAAGGCGAGGACUCUGCUUCAAGGAGAAUUACUAUAAAUGUGUCCGCACAGAUGAGCAUUCCCUCUGCCUUCGAAAUCCAGAUGGAGGCCUGAUAGUUGUGAAAACAAAGACUUUCACCGUGGAUGCUACUUACAGAGCCGACAUGUACUCAGUGUGCAUGGAAGCUGUGGAGAAACUAG